UGCGAACGAGACUAUGCAGACACUCUUGUACGACGUCCGCGGCGUCGAGUACAUGGCGAUCUACGACACCACUGAGCAGCACACUCCUCUACGCAAGGACCUGUCGCACCUCCGCCCGCCGCCGCCUCGGCUCACGGACAAGCGCGACAUCUUUGUCGGCGUCGCGUCCUACCGCGAUGGGUUCAAGUGCGGCUUUGCGCUGUGGACGGCCUAUUCGCGCGCGGUCCACCCAGAAAACGUCUUCUUUGGCGUUGUAGACCAGACGCUGGACGACGACAUUGCCUGCGUGGACGCCUACUGCGUCCGCGCGCUCGAGACGUGGCCAAACGAGCCGUGCAAGUUCAAAUCGCAGAUCACGAUCGACGUGCGGUCGGCGGCAACGUCCAAAGGCCCGACCCUUGCCCGCGCGCAGCUGCACGCGCUCCUGGGUGACCAAGAGUUUGGCAUGAUGGUCGAUGCGCACGUGCAGUUUACGCGUCACUGGGAUACCUUGGUCAUUGCCGAGUGGGCCGCGACCAACAACGAAAUGGCUGUGCUCUCCAACUACCCCUUUGGCUACAACCACCUCUCGGCGAACGCGACGUUUGAUGGCGAUUACGGCUCCCACGUGUGCAACUACAAGCCGCGCGUGGCCGCAAACGCCGUCAUCUACUAUUCGGGCAUCCUCAUCUCGCAAAAUUUUGAGCGUCCGCUCUUGUCGGUCGCGUGGGCCGGCGGCUUUUCGUUUGGGAAGAGCCAUGCGUGGCGCCGGGCGCCCGUCGAUCCGUACAUGAACUGGGUCUUUUAUGGCGAAGAGGUACUGCAUGCGUUCCAGCUCUGGACGCGGGGGUACGAUCUCUACUCGCCAAGCCGGCAUGGCAACGUCGUCUUUCACAACUGGACCGACGAUGGCCACAAGCACCGCUUCACGGACAACGUCACGCGCCUUGUGACGCAAGCCGAGCACGACCGCGAAGAAACCGUCGCGUACAACCGGCUCCGGCUCAUGUUUCAGCAGUCGUUUACCGGUGACGUCGACGCGCGGGAGAUUCACACGUACGGCAGCGGCCGCGUUCGCUCGCGGGAGCAGUUUUUCGCCUUUGUCAACAUCUCGACGACGGACGCCGACGAGGACUUUGCCGCGUGCAACCAGCUGCACUUUGUGCCGUAUGCCGACCCGACCGAGCUCGAGGCGCUGCUUCCAGGGUGGCGGUUUGGCGACGCGAGCGAAAAUGACGACAAUUUGAAGCUGCACAACCUCCGAGGCAUUCUCAAAGACACGGAGAGCGAGAUCCUCGAGCUACAGCGCGUCAUCGACGCGGCGCACCACAAGCAAGCGGCGGGGUUUCACGAGACGGUGGACGACGAGCUCGAGACACAGGAGCUUGCGAUGCUCCGCGAGAUGCAGCAGACGCUUCAGAAGGCCGUGGAGCGCAACAGCCACGUCGUCGACGGCCUUGGUCUCCGUCUGCGCCAGAUUCCAGCGCCAUCCAACCCGUAUGCACUCGUCCUUUGGGUGCUACUGAUUGGCAUGAUUGGCGUGUUUGGUCUUUGGAGGUACCUUGGUACCGAGCGCAAACGUCGUUCGGCUACCUACACCAAGCUCGAUACGAUGCCGGAGCAACUGGCAUGACCAUAAAUAUAUUGUAAACUGCCGUCCCAUGGCGCUUGAUGAAUA